AUGUCCGAAACGGCCAAUAUCCGCUCAUUGACCUUUGGAACCGGAUACCAAAUAUUCAAGUCCUCAAUUCUCCCCGCCAUCGAAUCUGCCGAAGAAGAAGUCAUCCUCACAACCUGUUUCUGGGCUGCAAGUCCAACGCGUGACGCGCUCAAUGACACGCUCCUCAAGUUGAGUGCCAAAGCUCUCGCCCGGAGUCCACCGAAUUCAUCCGUCAGGAGAAUUAAAGUCCGGAUCGGCUUCUCCUCUUCAUCAUUAUUGCAAAAACUCUUCCAUACAUCCUCACCUUCUGGACGUAUUUACUCUCCUUCGGAAUGGAGUAAGAAACUAGGACUUCCUGCUGCUGAAGACUUGGAGGGGCUCGAUCUGGAAGUCACGAGUAUCUUCUUCUUGCCUUUCAGUGUUUGGCACCCGAAAUUUGUGGUAGUAGACCGGAAGGAGGUGUUCUUGCCAAGCUGUAAUGUCUCGUGGGAGGAGUGGUUUGAGGGAUGCGUGAGGCUGGACGGAAGCGAACUCGUGAGGGACUUUUUGAAAUUCUGGGAGCUGAAAUGGAGGGGAAGACUUGAAGGACUGGAGUCUUCGCUGCAGACUGGAGAAUCAGGGCACGAUUCAAGGCCCACGACGAACUCUCUGGGGCUGGAAAAUGUCAAGUAUAAGUUCUUGCCUUCGCCACAUCACCGUAAUCCGAGGUUUCGAUUCUUUCCCUGGCAGAAGUGUGCUGAUCCCCCAAGGACGCCACUGAACGUGGAGUUGCUGGAGUUGUUCGCUGGGGCGAAGAAGAGCAUAUAUGUGCAGAGUCCAAAUGUGACGUGCCCACCUGUCCUGAAGCACCUCCUCGACGCAGUGAGGCGAGGCGUGGACGUCACGAUUGUCACGAGUGAGAAGCUCAUGAUACUGGAGCAGCUGGUCACAGCAGGCACUACAACGAGCAGAUGCAUGGGCAAGCUGGUGAAGAGUCAUCAGACCAUGGUACAGGCUCCUCGAGAUGUAGAGGCAGGCGCUGCAGCUGCUGGGUCUUUGCGCAUCUCUUAUUACGUGCCACGAUCGAGAACUACAGCCACGGUUGGCGAGCCGGUUCAAUCGCAUCUCAAGCUGACGAUUGUUGACAACGAAGCAAUCGUGUUCGGCAGCGGCAACAUGGAUCGUGCUUCGUGGUACACGAGCCAAGAGCUAGGUGUAGCGUUCUACUCCAAUGAGCUAGUAGCCGAGACCAAGCAAAAGCUGCAGCAUCAGCUGGAAGGGCGAACGAAGCUCUAUUACGAAGCUACAAAAGGCAGCUAG